AAUUUCGAUCACCUGUGCUUAUAACUUCACACAAUCUAAACACUUUAAACUAUAUAUAAUUUUCUAUUACCAAAAGAAAGAUGGCUCCAGUUAUAAAUCGUGCCCUAGUCAAGUCAAAAAGAGUCGAGGAAUGUCCGAAAGAAGAUGACGAGUCUAAAAAAUGGAAUACACUUCCUCGAUUAUGGGAUACCUUUUGGUUGAAUGAUUUAAGCACCUCACCCUGUCUGCUGAGUGGUCAUGAUAUGCUGAAUAAAAGCUUUGUGAACAAAUCCUUGGGAUUUACCCAUAGGGAGAGGCAACUUUACUGCAUCCAUGGGCUAUUGCCCUAUGCAGUACGCACUCUGGACGAGCAGGUUGCCGCAUGCAGGAAGUAUUAUGAUCUUCUGAAGACUCCACAAUCGAAAUUUUCUUAUUUAAAUGAUAUGCAAUAUCAAAAUCGUCGACUCUUCUAUCGUCUGCUGUUGAGCGAUGUUAGUGAAUACAUGCCGAUACUGGAUAGUUCUGCUUUCAACUAUAUGAUAAAGAACUAUAGUUUAUUGUAUACCUAUGGGACAAAGGGAUUGUUUAUCACCAUCAAGGAUCGAGGUCAUGUGCUGGAUAUACUCAAGAAUUGGCCCCAUCGUUAUGCUCGCUGUUUGUUGGUUACGAAUGGAGCUGCUGUCCUCAGUAUGGGUGACAAUGGGGCACAUGGCAUGGCUGUGUUGUGCUCCAAAUUUUACCAACAUGUGGUUUUCGGUGGCAUACAUCCGGAUUUCUGUAUCCCCAUUUUCCUCGAUGUGGGCACAAACAAUGAGGAGCUGCUCAAUGAUAAACUGUAUGUGGGUUUGAGGGAAAAACGCUGCAGCCGCAAGGAGUAUGAUGAAUUCUUUGAGGAAUUCGCCACAGCUGUGAUCAGUUUAUACGGUCCACGUUGUAUCAUACAAUGCAAGGCAUUUGAUACACAAAAUGCCAAUACUCAAUUGGAAAAAUAUCGCAAUCGUCAAUGUAUAAUCGAUACCGAUUUUCAAUGUUUAGGUGCUUGUGCUCUCGCGGGAGUUAUAACAGCCAAUCAACUAACGCGAAAGCCCUUUAAGACCAACAUGUUUCUAUUUUAUGGCCAGCAUUCGAUCAAUGUGGGAAUGGCUCGUCUAUGCAUUGCCUAUUUAAAGCGUGAGGGCUUAAAUGAUAAUAUGGCAAAAUCAAGAGUUUGGCUGUGUGAUGAGAACGGUUUGAUUGUCUUCAAUCGACCCAAUCACAAAGUUCCCGAUGAAUUGCUAGAAUUUCAGCAUGAACAUGAGCCCAUCGAGAGUCUGGUAGAGGCUAUUGAGACUUUAAAACCCAAUGUCUUAGUGGGCGCUUGCUCGCAACCCAAUUCUUUUACCAAGGAUGUGCUAAGGGCCAUGGAACGUAGCAGCGAACAGCCCAUUAUAUUCGCCAGCUCGCGUCCCAUUGAGCAGGCAGAAUGCAGUGCCGAAGAUGCCUUUGUCUAUACCAAGGGCAGAUGCGUCUUCAUCUCGGGCUCUAAUGUGCCGCGUGUGAAAUAUGCUAAUAAGUGGUAUGCUCCAGGUCGCUGUACUAGCAUUUACCUACUCUCCGGAGUGGCUUUAGGCAUUAUGUUAUCUGGCAUGACUACUGUUCCCGAUGAGGCUUUCUGUGUGGCAGCCGAUCGUCUAGCCACUUUGGUGUGGCCCAAGGAUUUGGCUCUUAGACAUGUCUUUCCACCUAUGCGUAAGAUACAGUGCAUUAGUCUACAAAUUGCCGAGUCUAUAUUCACCUAUGCAUAUCGUCGUCGUUUGGCUACCCUUUGGCCCCAGCCCACUAAUCCCAUGGACUAUAUUAAGAGUCAUUUGUAUGAAUCGGAUUAUCGUGAAAAUGUAUUUACCACCUAUUGCAUGAGUAAUCAAGUUAUUGCGACUAGCGAAUCGGCUACCUAUUAUAAAGAAAAGAUAUAGCUAGCUUUAUGUACAUACAUACAUAUAUAUAAUUAAAGACUCUUUUCUGUAUUGAUUUCACUCUUGCCAGCGGGCAAUUAA